AUGACACUGCGGCUUUGCUGUGCCUGGAUUUUUGUCCUCCUCCUACCUGGCCUCUCAGAUGGAGGGAAACUGUUGGUGGUGCCCAUGGUUGGAAGCCACUGGCUUAGCAUGCAGCAUGUAGUUGAGAAGCUUGCUGAGAGAGGACACGAAGUGGUGGUGCUUAUGCCAGAAGUAAGCUGGCAGAUGAAAGCAACACAGGCAUACACGGUGAAAAGUUACCCAGUGACUCACACACUAGAAGAACUGGAUAAUAGCUUUCGUGAAUUUGUUGCCACUCACCUGAAGGACUUACCUUUCCCACUGAACACUCUGGCAAUGUUCAACAGCUCAUGGAAUGCUUUCCAUAUGUUCUUUACUCAGUGCCAGGAUCUAUUCAACAACAAAGAGAUACAGCAGCACCUGAAUCAAAGUGGCUUUGAUGCUGUCCUAACAGACCCCAUUCUUCUGUGUGGAGCAACACUUGCUAAUUAUUUUUCUCUUCCAUUUGUGUUCUUCAUGAGAGGAUUUCCUUGCAGCUUACACUAUGAAGCACCACAGUGUCCAAAUCCUCUGUCCUAUGUCCCAAGACUAUUUACCUUCAACUCAGACCACAUGACCUUUUUCCAGAGAGUAGAGAAUGCACUCGUUUCCCUCCUGGAGCUUGUUUAUUGUAACGUUUACUACAGUGAAGCAUUAAAGCUUUCGUCUGACGUUCUGCAGAAAGACGUAUCCCUGGUAGAUCUUGUGAGCUCUGCUUCCAUUUGGCUUCUGAGAUUUGACUUUGUGUUUGAAUAUGUCAGACCAGUGAUGCCUAAUAUGGUCUUCAUUGGAGGUAUAAACUGUGCUCAGAAGAAACCACUACCUAAGGUAUGUUCUUACUGCUGUAGAAAAUUAAAAAAAAAAAACAAACUAAACACCCAAACUCAUGUAAAUCUACCAUGUCAUUUUGAAAACUGA